UCUGAAACAUCGAACAAUUUAAUGGAUAGUUUCGCUGACCUGUGUCGGCUUUGCCGCGCCCACAACGACCGGGCUGAACACUGGCCACAUCUAUUUCACUGCGAAGCAGCCGAACCCGCGUAUCACUUGCUACAGAAGAUUCACUCCUGCACCAACAUCCAAAUCACAGAGGAUGAUCGUCUACCGAAACGUAUCUGCUGCCAGUGUCAGUUAGCUUUGGACCAGGCGUACACGUUCCGAUUGCAGUGCGAUGAAGUGAACACCCAAUGGUUACUGGAAGCUGAAGUUCUGGAGCAGAGCGAAUCGCCGGUGAUUAAAGUAGAUCUGGACACUGCGCUUCCUUCAGUUGCUUCGGUUUAUGUGAAACCGGAACUUGAGGAUGACGAUUUUGACGACAGUGAACACUUGAGUUUAGCCGAACUGCUGAAAGUUGAGUCGAAGGAGAAAUCCGACGGGGAACUGGUGAAAGAUGAACCUAGCGGAGACGAACUGGACGACUCGGAUGAACCUGAAGAGGUGAAGCCGGUUCGAAGGAAACGAGGCCCAAAAUCGUCGGAGCCGAAACAGAAAACACGUUUCCACUGUAGUUUGUGUCCGAGACACUUUGCCCGGAAGUGUCGACUGCGAGAACACGAGCUAAGACACAGCGGGGUCAAGAACUUUGAGUGCGAAACGUGCCAUAACAAGUUCUUCGCGGAAACUGAUCUCAGAACGCACAUUGCACGGCAACACGCCACGGAUCUUCCGUUCAUUUGUGAAAAGUGUGGCCAGGGCUUCUCGUCCAAGGGACAACGCACCAAUCACUACAAUACACAUCUUGAGUCGAGGGAGUUUGCGUGUGAUGUGUGCUCCAAAAGCUUCAAAACAAAGUACAUCCUGAAGGCUCACAUGGAGUUUCAUCUGCCGAAGGAACUUCGGAAGGAGUGCUACAAGUACAAGAAACCCGUAGCAAACAACAAAACAUACGUCUGUCCAUACUGCGGCAAGGUUUCCACGUCCAGCGGAGUACACAACAAGCACAUCCGCAUCCACACGGGCGAUCAGCGGUACGAGUGCAACGUCUGCAACAAGAAGUUUACGGCGUCCUUUUCGCUCAUCUCUCAUAUGCGAACGCACACGGACGAGCGGCCGUACCGAUGCGAGCACUGCCAGAAGGCUUUCCGGCUGCGAAACCAUAUGAAAAAUCAUGUCCGGUCUGCGCACACGAACGAACGGCCCUACCAGUGCAAAUACUGCACGCGGACGUUUGUAACGCGAGGGAAUAUGCGGUUGCACGAGCGGAUCCACGGGGAACCGGCGAGCGCACCGACGAAGGUGGCCAGCGUGGAUCCGUGAGCUGAUGAGAAUUAAGUUAUUUAUAAAUCCAGUAAAGACAGACUAAGUUAAAUCAAA